AUGUGGCCGAUGAACGAAAAGGGCAAGCUCCGUAAGCCAUCAACUGAUGCUAUCAAACUCAACAAGAUUCUGCUGCGCCACUUCGUGCCCAACUUCGCAAGCCACCCUCAAGUCGCACGUAUUCCAGUGAUUGCCCCGGUACUGGCUAUGAUAGCCAAAGAGUUCGGCGUGCAGAUCCUGGAGCCGCAAAUCAAUGCGGAUGCUCAUGCUAUCAAGAGCUUUCUAAUCGCUCAUAAGAGGCUUAUGGAACGUUCGGAUGUGCAGCGUGAUCCCGAUGUCCAAAUGCUGAGUGUCCUUGGUGUUGCAAAUGCAUGCAUGAACAUGGCAGAUUUGUAUCGUGCUCGUCUUGGGGAUGAAGGUGCUUUGGCUGUGUAUCGACAGGCUCACAGGCCAAAUCAUCGGAGGAGGGCUGCAGGGCCAGAGGAGGCUAACGAUGAAGAAGGGGGUGAGCUGGAGGAGGAAGGGGAGGAAGGGGAGGAAGGGGAGGAGGCUGCUCCCGAUGAUGCUGCUACCGAGCCUGAGGGGGAGGGGGUUCAUGAAGGCCCGAAUGUCGCGCCGUGGCUGGGAGUGGCGGCAAUCUUUGACUUGCCGGAUGGUGAGAGCGACCCAGAGCUGGAGGGGGAUGGAUCGUCAAUGUGCAGUGAAGAAAGGUUUGGAGCUGACCUUUUGUCAGCUCCAUCGGUGGGCUCCUCUGAUCCGGAUUCCCAGGAUACGAUGACAGGUGGGGAAUUCGAAUAA